GAUGUAAGUAACAGUUAUUUCCAUUUGAGAAUAUGAACAAUGAACAAAAACUUAUUAAUAAUAAUUAUACAAGAAAAAUUCUACAAUUGUUAUUAAAACUUUAUUUUAUUUCGAUUUCCUACAUAUAUGUUUGUAAUACAGGCAUUUAAAAAAAAAUUAAUUUAUUUUUCUAUACUUGUAAGAUUUAUCAGAAUUCCAUUUAUACGAAGUAGAACUCAAAGCAAAAUUCCUCAUAUAGUCACAAUCUCCUUUUAUAAAUGGCUUUUACACGCUCUCUAUUGUAUUGAUAUAACAUUGACCUAAAAGCAUAUUAUAUUGUGGGGUUAGAUACUUUUUCUGAAAAUUAUAUUUUACAAAUAAUAUAUGCCUCAAUUCAUAAAAUCCAAAAAGUUUGGAUAAAAAAUUGCAAGAUUCAACUUGUGUGAACUUUGCAAUCUGAAAAAAGUAGAAGCGCUUCAAUUUUAUUUCAAUAUUCAUCCAAAUAAUUCUGACUUGCCAUGACUUUAACUGGGUCAAAUGGCUAGGGAAAUCCAUUCGUAAACUAGAAACUCUAGGAGACACUGAUAUUUAUUAGAAAAUAUAUUCAAUUUUCCUUUUAGAAAAAUUAAAUUAUAAUCUCCCGUAGGAUUUACUCCAUUCAUAUAUAUUUUCCUUUUCGAAGUGUGACCGGUAUUGGAAAACCCUAUAAAUUUUGCUGAUUGUCUGUCACGAUUAAUGUUUGAUGGAAAUCGUUAUUCAUUUUGACCUAGAGAGUCGAAAUUUGGUACACAUGUGUAUUUUUACGGGUAGCUUACAGGAAAAAUUUUGCGAUUUUAAUAUCACUGAAAGUUCUGUGUUUAUUUUAUCCGAAAACUCAAUUUUUAUCCUACUCUCUAAAUUUUAAUUAGUAAAAAUGAUAAAAUUUCCAACGUCCUUAUUAAAAUCUUACUUAUAUUUCUGAUCUUACUGGCAUUUUAUAAAAAAAAAAACAAUUAUUGUAUGGAAACUCUUUUUUUGCUUUCUAGUAAAAUUAGGAUUAUCCUAAAAGUGAUGUAUGAUGUGGAUGUAAAUUUCUCUCCUUUAAGAAAAUAAUUUUAACAUUUGAAUUUAAUGGUAAAUUGUUUAUCGAAAAUUUAAUUAAUAUAAUCAGUCACAAUAAUUCAUAUAAUUAUUUAUUUAAAUGAAAGGAAAUGUGUAUUUUGAUUUUAUUUCUAAUGAAGUCAAAAUAAUUCUUUUUUCUAACUAGUGUAAAUAAUCAGAUAAUUAUAUCAUGUGGGAUAUAAUUAAGGCGUUAAUUAGCGUAUAAUUGAUAAAAGUAAAGAGGCUUCUUUGUUCCGUCGUGCUUUUACCUCGUUCGACCUAAUUUAGAUUUAUCUAUUGAAGCUCUGCAAGCCCAGAGAUUAUCGCAUACUUUUUCUUUGAUGCAUUUAACUCUUUUUAAAUCUCUAUUUUUCAUUAUUUAAGAGUUCAUUCAACAUAAUUUGAAGCGUUUAAAUGUUUUUUUUUAUUUUAUUUUCUCUUUAAAAUGAGUUUUACAUUUUCUUUUGAAUUUGAAAUUUACUUUUUGAAAUAAACUUUUAAAGUGAUUGUUUAAUUUUUACUUUCUAAAUUUCAAGUCGUUGACUUAUUCAAAUUAGUAAAAGCACUAAUUUUUGGUAAAAUAUUAUUUUUAUUUAGUAAUAUUUUUUUACUUAAAAAUUUUUUAACAAAUUUGUUACACUGAGAAAAAAUUAUAUUUAAUUUAAAUACGGUAAAUUAGAUCGGUAAAGUAGAACAUUCCUUGUAGCCACUUUUUUGCCUGUCGAUAAAACAGAGUACUAUUUUGCUCGAUCGGUAAGUGGUCUAGGACCUGCUUUGACAUACUAUACCUCCGCAUGUAUGCAGUAAUGUUUAAAAUUGAAAAAGUGAAAGAAAGUGGAGUUGAAAGACAAGAAAGUGGGUAAAGGAACAUUGAGGAUGCAGUCGAGAGUGAUUAAUAUAUAGAGAAGGUUUUAUAGUGAAAAGAUAUGACGAAGGGCGUCAUCCCCUUCAAGAAUGGUCCAGACAGACAAGCCUGCGGGCCACCCUCUAACACUACAGUCAUCGCCAUAGCAACCCCAAGCGCCCAGUCUAAUCCAACUGGUACCUCCCUUUCGUCUUGCCAUUUGCGACUUUAUUUAUUUUAGUUCUUUCAAAGGCCACCAAAAGAAACACAUCAGUCACUCUAGACGUCGUUAUAAAAACUGCAAUUUCUUCUCAAUAUAUAUAUAUAUAUAUAUAUAUAUAACCACAGACACACCCUAAAAAAUUUACGCGCCUUACUCGGAAUUGUCUCAUCUAUAUGAUAAAUGAGAAAAUAAACUUGCCUGAAAGAAAUCAUCUCUUGAAAUUAGCAUCGUUGAAAAACAUUUUUUGCCUAAAAAUUUCCUUAAAUCUGAAAGAGAUCGAUAAUUCCGAAUUUUGUUUAUUUGAUGAUGUUUUUCUUAUUUAUUUAUUCUAAGGGUUUAUUUAUACAUAUAUAGCACGAAUGUAGAAAAAGUUGAGUUACUGAUCGAGAAAAAUAUGAAAUCUGUUUUAUCGACAGGUUAGAUGGCUAGAAGGAAGUUUCUACUUUACCGAUCAGAAUUGAGCCAUUCUCAAUCGAUCGAAAAAUAUGUAGAGCAGAUUUAAUUAAUUAAAAAUUGGUAAUUUUUUUUUCUAAACGUUUAUUUUUUUUCGUCAAUAACCUUCAUAAUUUUUUCCUAUUAUGAAUUUUUCAGAACGAUUUCUGUAAUUUUCAGAAUUCCCUUCCAUUUAAUCUUUGCAGUUUAUUCAGCGAAGCGAAUGAUUUAAAACUUCCUGAAAUUAUUUGUAAUUUUUAGGUUCUAUUAAAUAUAAGCGGAAUAAAUUGACAUGAAUAACUUUCAGUAUCGUAAAAUUAAGUUUGCAUCUUCUUUAGAAGCAGACUCAACUCUUCAAUGUGAAUACAUAUUUUUCAAAGUCAUAUUUAAAAGAAUUAAAAAUUUUCAAGAGACAAUUUUUUUUAUUAAAGUAAAGUUUAAAAGGAAAUUUUUUAAGGAUUAAAAAAACCGUUGAAUUUAUUGUUUUAAAAGUAAAAUUGAAAAUGGUUGGUAUAAAUGCAAAGGCAUUAUCAGUGUUUCCGUUGUUGAUGAUUUUGAUUAAGUCUCAAACCGUCGAUCCAGUCAUGUAUCCAACGCAGGAAAUUUCUACAACCGAAACGGAAAGCAAUAAAGUUCAUUUGUGGUCCACCACAAGUUCACCGGAUGUUAAGCAAACAAUUUCUGCUGUUCAAGCUGUUGGAACACGUCCACCAAUUAUUUACAAUCCCUAUUUUACUGAUGUGAUACAAUCUCCAAUCGAAGAAGAAUUUCGAAGCGAAAAUUUUCCUUAUAUUUAUGAUGCGGUUACCAGUUAUCAAUAUCCAAUAUAUCAUCAAAAUUCCGAACAGUCGGUGGGACCUACUUCGAAACAUUUUCUGGUUGUCGGUUUUAUUGGAAUGUUACUUCUUUUUGCUAUCAUUCAAAAUACACUUAUGUCAGCCAAACGAAAGGAUGGGUUAUUGGACUUUUCUAGACGAAAACGAGAUCUUAUCGAAUCCAGAGGAUUAAUUCCCAUGUCUCUCGAGCAAGAAUAUAUCCUCAAUGAUGACGCCAAGUUGCGUUGCAUUCAAAGAACUGUUUGUUCCGAAAAUCGAAAACUCUAUCAAGAUUUGGGAACAGUUGGCAAAUUAGUUGCAAAAUAUUCAAUGCGCGGUAUAAAAGAAUCUUUGGAUGAAUCUUCAGGAUGGGAACGUCUGGUGGAAGAUGCUGGAGCAGCAGGUCUUCGUGGUGAAGAUUGUAGUGUUCUCUAUAGAGGAUGCAAUAUUUCCAAAGAAAGAUUUUCAAAUUUUCCAAAAAAAAACUAAUUUUAGAAAUAAUAAAAUUUUAGAAGGUUUUAAAUUGAAAUUUUUGAAAAUAAUUCAAUUUCAAGUGAUUUUGAAUUGGAAUUUUUAGGAAUUUCUUUAAGUUUUUAUAAAGAAUUUCAUUAAAAUGAUUAAAAAUAAUUAUUUUAAAGAAGAAUUUUAGUUAAAAGUUUGUUAAAUAAUUGAAAUGAAGAAGAUCUGAAAAAUAUCUUUUAUAAAAAAAUGUAAAAAAAUCAAAAGAGUCGCAUCUUAAUAAAAUAAGUCGGAAAAAGACGUUAAUCCAAGGCCUGUUUCUAUUUCUUUAACAAAAAAAGAAAUCAACCACAAAUUUACAAAAAGUAAAAUUCGAAAAUGAUAAAUUAAGAACAAAUGGAGAUAUUUUGUGAAUGAAACUAAAGGUUGUUAAUGGUUUUCAAUUUUAAUUACAAUACGCUGCGUGUUGCCUUUUUGUUUACCAGCUACAAACAUUGACAUCCAUCCAGCCUGAACUAUUUCAGACAGCAGUCGGUUCUACGCUCAGCUCGUUUCACAAAGUUUCGAGAUACUCGUAAUUAUACAUUUUGUUUGUUUGUUUUUUUUAUUGUGUAUAUACAAAAAUACCAAAUUGACGAACAGAACGGAGACAUAUUGGAAACAACUCAAUCCAGUAGUGUAAAUCUUGUUUUUGCUUCUUCAUGUUUUUUUUUUUUAAGAGUGUAAACUAACAUAACA